AUGAAUGCCUCAACUCAGCCCAGCGCCGCUCCUGCGACUGCUCCUACAGCUUCACCGGCUGCGGCCGCGAUUGAGCCUGCGGUAGCAGCGAACGACCCUAAUCCUAUUGUCGCAGCCGAUGAUCAUGAUUCUUUGGCGGACACAGAGAGCGUUACGACUCAGUCGACUGCAUCGCUAACCGAGAGCAUCACCGAAUACCGCAGAAUUCAUGGUCGUACUUAUACGCAAAAGGCCGACUACUGGGGUCCGAACGACGAGCAGCAAAAUGAGGGCCUUGAUCUCGCGCAUUACUGGGAAACGCUACUCCUCGGCGACAAGCUUUUUCUUUCACCGCUCGGGGAUGGACCGUUGAAGGUCCUCGACUUAGGAACCGGUACUGGUAUCUGGGCAAUUGACUUCGCUGAUGAGUUCCCGUCUUCCGAAGUAACGGGUGUCGACAUCUCGCCUAUCCAGCCUGGCUGGGUGCCGCCCAAUUGCAAGUUUCAAAUCGACGAUGUCGAACAGCCAUGGACAUGGACUCCUGAUUUCGAUUUCAUUCAUCUCCGCCACAUGGAGGCUUGCAUCUCUGACUGGCCUGCUUUCUACAAACAAAUCUACGAUCACCUCAAGCCUGGGGGAUACUUUGAGAUGAAGGAUUUUGACAUUGAGUUCCGCUCUCAAGCGUAUGGGGACAGUCUCCCAGAAGACCACGUCUACCGCAGGUGGGGCAAGAUCUUUUUCGAGGCUGCAAACCGCCUCGGCAAGUCCAUGGAUCAGUCACGAGGGGGCCACAAAAUCGCCGAUGCUAUGAGGGACGCCGGCUUCGUCGACGUUGUCGAGAAGAGCUGGCCUGUGCCUAUUGGGGGUUGGCCCAAGGACCACACGCUGAAAGAGGUUGGCAUCUGCAACCUGGAGUUUCACGACCAGUCUCUCGAAGGCUUUUCCAUGUUUCUGUUGACUCAGGUGAUGGACUGGGAUAGCAUAUCGGCGGGGGUGUUCGUUGCCGAGGCACGCAAAGCUCUCAAGGACCCUAAGCUCCAGACGGUCAUAUACUUGCAAAACGUGUACGGACGCAAACCUGAGGGAUCAUCUUAG